AUGACUAAUCAGACAGAAGAUAAACCAAAUAGUCAACCUAUCCUUUUCUCCAAUAAGUUAGAAUUUUAUCUAAAUGGAACGCGUGUAGAGUUAGAAAAUCCAGACCCGGAUACUACUCUUUUACAGUAUAUUCGGUCUAUUGGGUUAACUGGCACUAAACUUGGAUGCGCAGAAGGGGGAUGUGGCGCUUGUACCGUACUUGUCUCAUAUUAUGAUUCUACAACACGAAAAAUUAUAAAUUCAUCCAUUAAUGCGUGCCUGGCGCCUUUAUGCUCUAUUGAUGGAAAGCACGUGAUUACUAUCGAGGGAAUCGGAAGUUCACAUAAACCACAUCCCGUUCAGGAAAGGAUCGCGUUGUUACAUGGUUCACAAUGCGGGUUCUGUACUCCAGGAGUCAUCAUGUCGCUAUACGCGUUACUCAGGAAUCAUCCUGAGCCAUCAGAAAAAGAAAUUGAAGAGUGCUUUGAUGGCAACCUCUGUCGAUGUACUGGAUACAGACCUAUUCUUGACGCAGCAAAAACUUUCGCGUCAGAUUCAUCAUUUACUAUACAUAAAAACAGAAUCGAUGGAGACUCUGUCGAUUUGGGUGGUAGUUGUGUUGAUGAUGAUUCACAUUUGGAAACAUUGAAAAAGAAAGGAUGUGGGCGUGAGAAAUGUUGUCAGCUUAACGAAAAGCCUGAAGAUUUUAUCAUUCUUGAUAAAUUUCCACAGUAUAAACUAAAGCGUUAUGAUUCGUCACAAGAAUUAAUUUUCCCACCAUCACUCAUGAAUCGAGUUUCGAUGCCACUUUCUUUUACCGGAAGAAAAACGAAAUGGUUUCGACCAACAACUCUUAAUCAACUGUUAAACCUCAAGAGAUUAUAUCCAAAUGCAAAGUUGGUAUCGGGAAAUACAAGAGUUGGCAUUGAAACAAGGUUUGAGAAGUUAGAGUACCCGAUUCAGAUAUAUGUUGGAGAUGUCAAAGCGCUACAGGGUUGGGAAUUUGGAGAACAUGGUUUGACAAUUGGUGCAAAUAUAAGUUUUUCAAGACUUAAAGAGAUUUUGCAAGAUGCCUGUAAGCACUAUAAGCCAUAUCAAUCACAAGUUUUCCAAGCUAUCCUCAAUAGCUUGCGAUGGUUCGCCGUAACUCAAAUCCGCAAUAUCGCAACACCAGCAGGAAGCAUUAUCACCGCCUCUCCGACAUCAGACUUGAAUCCUUUAUUACUUGCAACAAACACUCUCUUCACACUUGCUUCAUCCACUAAUGAUUCCGACAAAAGUAAAAUUCGACGUGUUGUAUUUUCUGAUUUAUUCUGGUCCGGAGAUGGAAAGACAAUAUUAGCGGAAAAUGAAAUUCUCGAGUUAAUUUUUAUUCCGUGUUCAGUAGAACAUGAGUUUGUGAGAACUUACAAACAAGCGAAACGACGUGACGGAGAUGCCGCGAUAGUUAAUGCCGGACUAAGAGUUUCACUCGAUAAUGAAUUUCGGGUUAGAGAUGUUUCUUUCUCAUUUGGAGGAAUGGGUUAUGUACAUUUGCGUGCUCGACAGUCCGAAAGUUUCGUUAGAGGACAAAAAUGGGGCGACGAUGAAGUUCUUCAAAGAUUAUUAGAGACACUUUUACAGGAGCUACAACUUAACUUUUCUGACCCUCGUGGUAUGGCAUCAUAUCGUAGAUCUCUUGCGGCUGGCUUUGUAUAUAAAUUUUGGCAUGAUGUCGGAACAAAAGUCGGGUUAUUUACUAAUAAUGAAAGUAUUAAGAAUAUUGUUGAUGACGAAUUUAUUGAAAGAAUUGAGCGAAAGAUAUCUCGAGGCGUGCAAAGUUUUGGCAAACCAGAAGAUGAAAAGAUCCACGUUGGAAAAUCUAUUCCACAUGCAUCAGCUUUUUCGCAAGUGACUGGUGAAGCUGUGUAUGUGGAUGAUAUUCCAAGAAUACAUGGUGAAUUCAUUGACGCAAGUGAAGCCUUAGCACAACCAGGUGUGCGUGGUUUUUUCUUGGCCAAAGAUGUUCCUGGGGAAAAUAAUUGGGGUUUUGUUGUUAAAGAUGAAGUAGUUUUUGCGAGCUCGGAAGUGCAUUGUGUCGGACAAAUUGUUGGUCUUAUUGUGGCUGAUUCACAAACCAUAGCACAAGAAGCCGUAAGGCUUGUAAAGGUAGAAUAUGAACGACUUCCGUAUAUAUUGACUAUUGAAGAAGCAAUCGAACAGCAUAGUUUUUUCCCGGGAGAGCCUGAAUUCUCUCGAGGAGAUAUAGAUAAUGUAUUCAAUGAAGCUGAUCAUAUAUUUGAAGGAAGCUUUAGGAGCGGUAGUCAAGAACAUUUUUACAUGGAAACUCAAGCUUCCCUUGUUGUCCCAAAGCCUGAAGAGCAUGAAUUUGAGAUCCAUGCAGCAACUCAAACUCCUAAAGGAGUUCAAGAAGUUCUCGCUUCUGUGCUUGGGAUUCCAUCCAACAAAAUAGUUUGCCGAGUGAAAAGAUUAGGUGGUGCUUUUGGCGGGAAAGAAACUCGAAGUAUCCCAUUGGUCGCGGCGUUGGCAAUUGGGGCGUGGCAUACGAAAAAACCAGUCCGGUGCAUGUUGAAUCGCGAUGAAGAUAUGACGACUACGGGACAACGGCACCCGGCUUUUGCACGCUGGCGUAUUGGCGUGAAUAAGGAUGGGAGAAUAAAAGGACUCGAUUUGUAUAUAUACAUAAAUGCCGGAUGGUCUUUAGAUUUAUCAUCUGGUGUGUUGGAUUGGGCCAUGUUUCAUGCCGACAAUUGUUAUUAUAUUCCGAAUAUGCGAAUUCGGGGUAAAGUUUGCAAAACUAAUAUUCAUUCUAACACGGCGUGUCGUGGAUUCGGGAGUCCACAAGGAAUGAUGAUAAUGGAAAAUAUAAUGAACGAGGUGGCUGAUUCUAUGGGUGUUAAUGUUGAUUCAUUAAGAGAAAUGAAUCUUUAUAAAGAAGGGCAAAAGACACAUCUCAAUCAAAUUCUUACUGAUUGGCACCUGCCACAAAUGUAUCAACAUCUCAAAACAACAAGUGAAUUCGAGAAAAGAAGACGGGAAGUUGAUUCGUAUAAUGCAAAUCAUAAAUGGCGGAAACGUGGAUUAGCGUUUGUUCCCUCAAAACAGGGGCUAGGCUAUCCUCAUUUGUUUAUGAAUCAAGCAGGAGCGUUGGUUCAUAUAUAUAAUGAUGGGAGUGUGCUUGUUAGUCAUGGUGGCGUUGAAAUGGGCCAAGGAUUACACACCAAAAUGCUGCAAAUUGCAGCUGAAGCGCUUAGUGUUCCUUUAGAUCAGGUUCACUUAAUGGAAACUUCAACAAAUACUGUUGCGAACACAACUGCUACUGGCGGUAGUUUAGCUAGCGAUAUUAAUGGCUACGCUGUUGCAAAUGCAUCCCGAGAGCUCGCGCAGAGAUUACAACCAUAUCGCGAAAAGAUGCCAAAUGCAAGCUUUAAAGAGGUUGUUCAAGCAGCCUACUUCGAUCGCGUAAAUCUAUCCGCAAACGGAUUUUACAAAACCCCCGACCUCGGAUACUCCCUGGAGAAAAACCAAGGACAAAUGGUUUCCUAUUUUACGACAGGUACCGCGGUUUCCGAGGUCGAAAUAGACAUUUUGACCGGUGAUCAUACGAUACUGCGGAGCGACUUGUGUAUGGAUAUUGGAAAGAGUUUGAAUUAUGCGAUUGAUAUCGGACAGAUUGAAGGAGGGUUCAUACAAGGUGUUGGAUGGUGUACUAUUGAGGAAAGCUUAUUUUUGCAGAGUGGACAUCUUUUUACACGGGGACCGGGAAAUUAUAAGAUACCUGGCUUUAGGAAUAUCCCCCAGGAUUUCCGUGUUAGCAUUUUUCAGGGAGCACAGUACUCUCAUCUAAAAACCAUUCACAGUAGUAAAGGUAUUGGCGAGCCACCACUUUUCCUGGGGUCUUCGGUAAAAGCAAAUUCCGUAAACGAAAUAGUGAAUCUUUGCUCCCCUGCUACACCAGAACGAAUUCGUAUGGCAUGCAUCGAUCCUAUUUCUACGGCUGCAAGUGUCUCGAGGAAAGAUGGUGAAAAAUCUUGGACUGUGAUGGUUUAG